GGGAAAGUGGGAGUGGUGUCAAUGAGCAGGCAAGCUAAUAGAGUCUUCUGCUCAGCAAGGUCUCACCACGGGUGGCUAGUUCUUCGUGCUGUACCCAUUUCAUUGAUUCGUUUACCAGGAUUACAGCCUUGCAAAGAUGACAAUGGACGCUCUGCAACUAGCGAACACUGCUUUUGCAGUUGAUAUGUUCAAAAAACUGUGUGAGAAGGACAAAACAGCCAAUAUUAUUUUUUCCCCACUGUGUACCUCAACGUCUCUGGCUCUGGCAUAUAAAGCUACGAAAGGUGAUACUGCAGACCAAAUGAAACAGGUACUCCAUUUGCAAGAUGUCAAAGAUGUUUCUUUCGGGUUUCAAACAGUAACUUCAGAUGUUUCCAAACUCAGCUCUUUCUUUGCACUGAAAAUGGUCAAACGGCUCUUUGUAGACAAGUCUGUUAAUCCUACCACAGACUUUGUCAACUCCACAAAGAGGCCUUUUCCAUCUGAACUGGAAUUAGUGGAGUUCAAAGAAAAGACUGAGGAAACCCGACAGAAGAUCAACCAGUCUCUUUCAGAGCUAACUGAUGGCAAAAUGGAGAAUAUUUUGAAUGAGGAUAGUGUCAGUGACCAGACUCAGAUCCUCCUAGUUAAUGCAGCUUAUUUUGUCACAAACUGGAUGAAGAAGUUCCCAGAGGCAGAGAUCAAAGAAUGUCCUUUUAAAAUCAACAAGACUGAAACUAAACCAGUGCAAAUGAUGAAUCUGGAAGCUACUUUUUGCCUGGGCUAUGUAAAAGAAUUAAAUGUUGCCAUCCUUGAGCUUCCAUGCCUUAACAAACAUAUAAGCAUGCUCAUUCUGUUGCCCAAAGAAAUUGAAGAUGAGACCACUGGCUUGGAGCAGCUGGAAAAGGCACUCACCCCUGAGACAUUAUUACAGUGGACCAAUCCCAGCAUGAUGGCCAACACCAAAGUGAAUGUAUUUCUUCCAAAGUUUAGCAUGGAAGGUGAUUAUGACCUGAAGCCAAUUCUGGAAAGCUUGGGAAUGAAAAAUGUCUUCAAUGAGAGCACAUCAGAUUUCUCUGAGAUGUGUGAGACAAAAGGUGUGGUUUUGUCAAAGAUCAUCCAUAAAGUCUCUUUGGAAGUAAAUGAACAAGGUGGCGAGUCCCGAGAGGUACCAGGAUAUCGGAUUCUGCAACACAAAGACGAAUUUAAAGCUGACCAUCCAUUUAUCUUUUUGUUUAGGCAUAACAAAACUCGCAACGUGAUUCUUUCAGGCCGAUUCUGUUCCCCUUAA